AUGCUAGAGCUAGAGCUGCAGGCGCUCAAAAUGGAGCUGCAAAGCACUUUAGCACACUUGGGCAUUGUGUGUGUAAGCUCUGACAACGACGUCAAGACUCGUCAUCAUGUCGAUAAUUCAUCUGUCGCAGUGACUGCAGAAAUGAAUGAUACACAAAGAAAUUGGAAUUGUCAACAGCAAGCGCAAACAACUUCCGAUAGGAAUCGGUCCAUUACGCAAUGGAAUCGACGCCGAUUAACAAAGGAACUGUCUGCUGUAUCGGCAAGACGAAGAGAAAUAGAGAUGCAAUUGCAGAGGGAAAUUGAACGAGAACGACAAGUCCAAGACCAGAAUCAACAGCAGCAAGACAAACGAAGGAGUAGCCGCAAAAGCGUGUGGCAAGCUGCAAUCCUUGAGUUGAAGCAGCAACGAGCACAAAUUUUGAAACAGAUUGAGCGUGAAACAGUAUCAGAUGUAGCGGAAGCAGAGGAGAGAGAAGAGACGAGACAGAGUGAUGUUCAGGAGACGGAAGAGAGGAACCGGAAUCAGAUUCCACUUCCGACGAUACCUCGACCACUUCAAAUGGUGAGGAGUAAUAAUGAGACGCAAUAUUCAAUUGGUGGAGUAGUGACGCUAGAGCCGUUGUCUUUAUCACAACAAACUCAAGUGUCAGUCAUGACAACUGGAGUGUCGUUGCAUCCCACAGUGGACGUUUGUUCUGUUGCAACUCAAGUGAGGGACUCACAUCCAAAAGUGAACUACCGUAGUACUCCGGACGCAAUAAAUGAUGUGUUCUUACUGCAGCUGAAAUUUGCUGAGACGAUGUCAAAGCUUGAAAAGUCGGUGCAGAUACGUGACCAGUUGCUGCAGCAUGACAGGACGUCGUGUUUGCCAAAGCGCAGGACAAGAACGCAAUUGAUAAACGAGACACGACAAGCUCAUCGUCGCAGUCGACAUAGAAAGCAGUCUAAUAGGAGUGAAGCCAGUAGCGAUUUGAGCAUCAUGUAUCAAGAGAACUGCAGUGAUGACUCGUUCAGUUCGAGCUCGGACUCCUUUUCAUCGUUGGACUCGACGCCGCAUCGUGACCACAAUGUUCGGGUAGGUUAUCCAAAUUUUGGAGUGUUGAGAGCGACUACUGCUAAAACGCUUGCACGAUCUACUUUGGGAUUGAAUGGAGAAAGUCUGACGACUGAGGAGGCGACCGACAGGGUGUGCACGGUAUCAGGAAGUGUUACAGCACAGUCUUUCCACGGACUUCGUGAGAAUGAUCGAAAUAGCGGUAUUGAGCAUACACCUUCUGACGAGCAAGGAUCGGAAGUUCGCAGGACACCAACAACCGAAAGCAGCGCAGCGACUCCGACCACCGGAAGUGAUCAAAAGUCUAAUUCAUCGCUGUCCAAGCAGGUUCGUUUCGGCGACGAGGCGUACUCUACCCCUGUGCUUGCUCGAAAGUUUAAUUUUGAUGGUCCAUCGAUCGAUGAAGAUGACUAUGAAGAGAAGGACGAGGAGGCGGGGAGUGUCUUAAGUUUUUUGGGUGGAUCUAGUGUUACCAGCUCGGAGCUGAAUGACGUGUCUUUUUUGCGGGCUUUUGAGCGCUUCCGCCGCGAGCUGAAUGCGACGCAGUCUUCGCUCCAACUUCCACUAGCGAGAAGGUUGUUUUCCGAAACGAAUGUGUCAACGACCAUUACAGCAACAAACAGUGCACCACAUGCUUUUGACUCUUCCGGUGAAGCACAUGCCUGUGACAACACACCGGCAUUCCCAUCGCUUGACGACUUAAGUAUAGAAGAGCUGCAAAUGCGACGAAGACAGCUAUGCCUAGACAUACAGGCCGAAAGUGCUCAACUUGUCCUGAACUGUGGUGGUGGGAUGCAGAAUGGGACUGCAGGAUCGCAGGAUGCAAAGCAAACUCAGAAUUGCUUGCAGAAGAUGAGGGAUGAACUUAAGGCUGUCGAUCUACGGUUGAAAUCACGUGUUUGA